AUGAAGAUUUCCGCCCUAUUGUCCAUCGUUCCUCUCGUCGCUGCCCUACCCGGCUCGCGCAUCGGCACCACCAAGGCCAAGGACGUUAAUGCUCCCUUCGGUGUCACCGCCGCUCGCUCCGGCUCUCCCAUCCACUUCCUCCCCCUGACAGCCUCCGGAGGUAACUUCUUCCUCGGUGGCACGAGCGCCACUUACUGCCCCAGCGAGGUCGUCCCCGGCUGCGCCGGCCGCACCAACGACACCAUCAUCGUCGGCCAGUCCGCCCUUGAUGUUGUAGUCCCCGGUGGUCAAAGUAUCUACGUCGCCCCCUCGGGCGCCCUGAGCUUCACAACCCCCCACUCCGCAUAUAUUCCCGCCGGCUCUUCCCAGGGUCCCUUCGUGUACACCCCUGGCACCUCUGGCAACGGCCUCGGCAGCUGGACUUACUCCGGCCAAGGCGCUUCCGGCUUCAUGGCUUGCCCCGUGCCUGCCUCUACCUCCGGCUCCUCUGCUGCCCGCCGUGCUGCCGCUGCUGCUCCUCCCUCUUGGCAAGUGUAUGCUGCCCAGCAGAACGCUACUGUGCCUACUGGCAAGGUUGGCGACUGCCUUGGCUUCGAUGCGCUCGCUGUGGGCUUGAAUGUUACCUCUGACAGCGUCGCUUGGGAGUACAUUUAA